AUUCGGGAGCCUCUGCGUCACGUCGACAACGGGCUGACCUCACGGGGCGCGGUGGUGGCCGGCAACAGCUCCCACGGGCGGCAGCGGGCGGAGUGCCAGCCGUCCAACGAGGUGGGGCCCGCCGACCGCCCGUGCGUCUUCGCCAUCACGCUCGUAGAACCCCCAGGUGCCCUCGAAGGCUGCCACUACCACGACGUCACCACAGACUCUGCUACCGUGACCUGUUCGCCGGGGUCUUCGAUGUCGGUCCUACCACAGCUCUACCACAUCGAGGUGCGUGAGGGGAACCGCCUAGUGUCAGCGCACAACAAGAGCGAGCCGCGAUUCGUGCUGACGGAGCUGUCACCCGAGCAGGACUACGUGCUGACCAUGUACGCCUCACACGCCAAGGGCCGCGGUGAGGAGAGGACGCUGUUGCUCAAGACCCACACGCCGAAGCCACAGCAGGUUCUCCCGAAGGAUGUGUCCGUGAACUCAGUCAACAAAGUCUCUGAAGUGGCGCCCACCGUCGCGGCGGGGGGCGGCGGAGGCCCUCAGGUCAGCGUCGUGGUCGCCGGAGUCGUGGGCGUGGUGGUGGGCGUAGCUAUCGUCGUGGCAGUGGUCGUGACCUGCAGGGCGAGGCGAGGUCACACGUCGUCGCCGGGGAAGUCGGAGCAAUACCACCACUCGAAGGACUCGCUGCUGGAGCUCCCUCAGGGCUCCAUGUACCAGACCUGCACUCGGCACCCGUCGCGAGAGCUGCUGACGACGUUCUCGCCGGGGCCCGUCGUGGUGACGCAGGUGACGUCCGGCCGCUCCUCCAUCCGGUCGUCGCCGCUCCCGCGCCGCUCGUCCACCCGCAGCGCGCCCGGGGGCACCUCCCCCCGCGGCCACCGCCCCCGCAGCCGGAGCGGAGGCCCAGUCAACGUGGUGGAGGUGGAGGCCGACACGUGCAUGGCGCCGCGGGUGGAGAUCGAGUCGCCGUCGCGGGAGUCGAUCUGCGGGCGCCUCAGCCUCCGCGGCGACCCCUACACCAUCCACGACUCGCCGCCGCUCGCCCUGCGGCCCGACCCGCUCACGCUCUCGGUGCAGCACCAGCACGCGAACCCGCAGUCCCCGAACGAGGCCAAGAACCCGACGGCGCACUCCAUGGCGCACGCGUACCGGACCUCGCCCCACCCUCACGCCGCGGGCCAGCUGCACCCCGAGCCCCAGAUCCACAUCGUGUCCCAGCAUCCCCACACCACGCUCGACCUCGCCCCGCAGCCCCACGGCGUACCGGAGCUGGCGGCGACGCAGCCCCGCGAGGCGCUGCCGGCCCGCGCCCUCAACCCCGCCGCGCAGGGCCACCCGGCCCACUUCGCGGCGACGCUGCCCCCGCCCCAGGGCAUGUUCGUCCCCCCUCCCCACGUCGAGCCCCCCUUCGCCCACCACCAGCCCCCCCAGGCCUCACGCGACCCACAGACCCCUCCGCCCCAACCCCAGACAGAAGCACCCACAAUACAUCAACAAUGUAGUUCACCCGAGACUGGUUUAAUAAAAAUUCAUCCAACUUUUCGGUAGUCUGGCUAUUCAUUAUCCCACGAAAUCUCUCCCGUUCAGCCUCCCCGUUUCUGGACAUUUAUCCCCCUAGAUGAAAAUAUUAUAAUCUCGUUCCGAUGCCCCUCAAAUGCCUCCGAAGCCGACGGAAAAGUGAUCGAUCCCCAUUCGACGAGCAAGCAAGAGGUUCGUUAUCCAGUCUAUUACGGUUUUACGAGAAAGAUAUUUGAUAGG